AUGGGAGGUCUAGUCAGUUUGGUAACUCUUGACUUAUCCUACAACAACCUCUCUGGUUCGAUCCCAAAGUCUUUAGAAGCACUUCAACACCUCGACUACUUUAAUGUUUCUUUCAAUAGUUUAAUUGGAGAAAUUCCUAAUGGCGGUUCUUUUAGAAAUUUCACUAUGGACUCUUUUAAGGGUAAUGAGGCAUUGUGUGGAAUCUCGAAGGUCCAUGUCCAGAUUUGCUCUUCAGUUUCUAAUCACAAAUCAAAGAGGAAGAAUGUGGAACGAGCUUCAUUUAUUAUUUUUGGGGUUGUGGCUAUUACCUUGCUUGUUUGUUUGGCCUUUAUGGUUGUCAGAUACAAAAGAAAAGAAAAGACAACUAGAGAAGUUGAUGAACUGAUAUCCAUUGUGCCAGAAAGAAUCUCUUAUUAUGAAUUGGUGCAAGCAACAGAACAAUUCAAUGAAAUCAAUUUACUUGGUACUGGGAGUUCUUGCUCUGUUUAUAAAGGAAUUCUUAACAAUGGGAGGGAUAUCGCUGUCAAGGUGUUUAAUAUGCAGCUAAAAGGUAUUUCAAGAAUAUUUGAUGUCGAAUGUGAGAUACUACGUAGCAUUCGACAUAGAAAUCUGACAAGCGUCAUAAGCAGUUGCUCCAAUGAAGAGUUCAAGGCAUUAGUACUUGAAUAUAUGCCAAAGGGAAACCUUGAAAAAUGGUUAUAUUCCCACAACUAUUGCUUGAAUCUGAUGGAAAGAUUGAAUAUAAUGAUUGAUGUUGCAUCUGCUUUGGAGUAUCUACACCAUGGUUAUUCAAUGCCCAUUGUCCACAGCGACUUGAAGCCUAGUAAUGUAUUGUUAGAUGAAGACAUGGUAGCUCAUGUAAGCGAUUUUGGCAUAGCAAAGUUGUUAUGCAAUGGAGAUAGUUUUGUGUUAACUACCACGAUAGCAACAUUGGGUUACAUCGCUCCAGAGUAUGGUUUGGAAGGGCUAGUUUCGACAAAGUGUGAUGUGUAUAGCUACGGAGUGAUGCUAAUUGAAACUUUUACGAGGAAAAAGCCUAGUGAUGAUAUGUUUUGUGAAGAUAUGAGCUUAAAGAGAUGGGUAGAACUCUCUCUUCCCGAGAUCCCAAAUGAAGUGAUAGAUGCUAACUUAGUCAUGAAUUUGGAUGAAGAACAAAUUGACAAGAAUCUGCAGUGUAUAUCAUCCAUAUUUGGAUUGGCUUUGAAAUGCUCUGCGGACUCUCCCGGGGAUAGAAUCAACAUGAAACAAGCACAUGCAGAGUUGUAA